CCGGUCUCGAGACUUUGACUCGUCUGAGUCUCACUUCCAAGCGCACUGACACUGCAUGAGACGAGUGGCGAUUCAUUCAAAGUAGCCCCAACACAGCCUAGUGUAUCUUGCUUAAGUCUGAAGCAGAGCGAAGGUUAAAGUUAAAAGCAUCAGAGCAUCCUGAUCUGGCCGGUAGCGACUUGGGCCUUGAAAAAAAUCCAUUAUGACACUCAAGAACGGUGCAGAUAGGAAAGAGCCGGACCACAAAAGCCGAACACAGAAUUUGUAUGCAAUCUUGAACUAUAAUUGGGCCAUUUUUCCUUGCACAGCGACAAUCUUAUUCCUGGGCCUUUAUGAGAUUAGCAUUUGGACAGGUGCCUACCAUGAGGUCGUUGUGCCUGACGCCCGGUGGACACCAGACUGCACCGUACUCGCCAUGAUUCUGGGUCCAUUCCUGCUGUUCCAGCUCCCGCCAUACUACACCCUCUGGGGGCUCUGCCUCCCCAUACGACCCUUCGCGUAUGCGAAAGCAUCUAAAAAGCGUCCAUUCCGCAGUCUGAAAGUAUGUCUUGUCACGAAGGCAACAAAUGUGCAGACAGUAAUACACACCGCUCAGCACUGGAAUCGGCUCAGCAAGAGGGAUCGCAUCAGCUUUCACGUGGUCGUUGACUCAGUGCCAAACCCUUUCGUAGGCAUGCUCCCUGACUUUGUGGAGCUGCUGGAGGUACCGUCUUCUUUCCGGCCAGAUCACGCAAGGCACAAAGCGAGAGUCCUGGAAUGGUGCCGGCGGCAUUGGCGGUUGUCGGAGCAAGACUGGGUCCUGCAUCUAGACGAAGAGACGGAGAUCACUGAGGAGGCUUUGAGUGCGUGCGUGGACUUCAUUGAGCGGGGCGCCGAGGAUAUUGGCAUGGGAACAAUCUUCUACAACGCUCACAACCACUGGAAGAACCCUCUCCUGACUGUAGCCGAGGCCCUCCGAGUGGCAGAGGACUUUGGCCGGUUCCAGCUGCCGGUCCGGCUCUUUCAACGUCCAUUGCUCGGCUGGAUGCACGGCAGCUUUAUUUUGAUCAAUGGGCAGGCGGAGAAUGCAGUCACCUGGGAUACAAAUUGUCUUGCCGAAGAUUUCUGGUUUGCGUACCAUGCUGCAAAACAAGGCUUCAAAACGGGCUGGAUCCAUGCCGUCGCACGCGAACAGCCCCCGGAGAGCCUGCAGGAUCUCGUCCGACAACGCCGGAGAUGGUACAGCGGAAUCAUGUCCGUUCCGGACUGGUCGGUCAGACUGGCAUUGGCAAUUCCGAUGCUGGAGUCUUUUGUGCAUUUGGGCUUGUAA